AUGGCGCCCUCCUCCCGUCCAGACUACAAGCUCAAUCUUGAGGGCCUGCCUCAACUCAACAUGGGCCAGACGCGAUCAGCAAACACGUCGCAGGCCAACUCGCCACUGGAACCGCCUGCAGGGUCAGGCACUCGCUAUCCGUUUGGGAAUGGGCUAGGGAGCAGUGGCAGCCAGGCAGGCACUGGUCGCGCAGGAGCUGGCUCUCCAUCCAAAGACUAUACCGGGAGUCGUUUGUUUCCAAAGCGGUAAGUAAGCCAUCGUGGUCAUUAGCUCGAGGGCUAUACACUAAUCUUGGUAGUGCACGUGAGAUACAGCAACAGGAAGGUCUAUCGCCCAAUCCCUGGGGCCCUCCAACGACUGGAAGUGGCCAUUCGACACCACUGCGUGAGACCAUACCAGAGUCUCCCGGCAGCGAUAGCUUUCCCGACUUCGACGCCGUCCAAGCAUCAACAGGAAGCCCAGGCAGCUUAUCUGCAUCGAACUCGGUCCGACGUACACGAGCCGGCACUGUACCAUCUCGUCUUCCUCCAAUGGGUUCGCUAAACAAUUCCCAAACCUCGCUCCUGUCCAAGUCAGGCCGACAGACCCCGUCUGGUAGUCCCUACCAGACCGGCUCACCGUCACUAGCCGAUCAGCAAGCUUCCAGUGGAGCGCCGCCGUCGAGCAAUGCCGCAUUGCUGUCACGCUUAAGAGCUGGGUCUAUGCCACAGAGGGCUGCGUUUAUGGGUUCCUCAACCCUCUUCGGCAAUCCGUUGUUUUACACCGCUGGUAGAGAUGGGCAGGGCAGAGAACGAGCCGGCACGACCAACUCCUUGACGACCAUUCGUUCUUCUGAAGAGUCGCCGGCGGAGAAUGAUGUCAAGACGUUGGACUACUUGGGAUUGGUCGAUACACCGCAAUCUGGCCGGAAUAGCAUGGAGAUGCUCAUGAACCAGCAGAGAUCCAACGGCGUCACGAUUGCAGAUCUCGCAGCUCUGAAUGCCUUCAACAACAGGAAUACCGCCAAUCGAUUCCGAUCGUACUCGGUCAACGCCAAAGAGAAAUAUGCCGACGGUGUUGACGAGGACCUGGACGAGUACGAGCAAUUACAACAGCAGCUCUACUCUGGAACUUUGACGCCGAAUGCAGAGACGACUGCUGCCCAGGCUGCCGCCAUCCACGAGGCUGUAAGGCAACACAACCUGGAAGUACAAGCGUUUGCAAACUUUGCCAGUGCGAACCGGCCGAGGGCUCGAACUGCAGGCGUGCUAGAUUCACCUUCGUCGCGCGUGCUCAGGAACUAUAUGCCCACUCCAUCUCGCUUGGACAACAGCAUCAGCGCAUCAGAUCUGCAAAGCAACGAUGGCUCCGAGUUUAGUGGACUCGCUACCGCCGUGCAGAACAUGAACCUCAACAAGAAGGCAUCGUAUGAAGGAGUAACAGCGGAAGGCAAUCUGGAAACGCCGACCAGGGCGCUGUGGCUGGGCAACAUUCCUUCCUCGACCACAGUCUCUUCGCUUAAUGUCAUCUUCAGCCAGUUUGGACCGAUCGAGUUUGCGAGGGUCUUGACCCACAAGAGCUGUGGGUUUGUGAAUUUCGAGAACUUGCAAAGCGCCAUUGCUGCAAAGGCACAGUGCAAUGGAAAGGAAAUCUUCCCUGGGUGCGGUGCCAUUAGGAUCGGCUUCGCUAAGGAGCAGAGCGCCUCAAACACUCCUGGUGCCAAUGGCGCAUAUCCAUCACCAAGUCCCGAUCCGUUUGUUUCCAAGACUCGAAUCGAUAGCACACUCACGGGGACCUCCGGCGCCGGCAUCAAUGCGGAGACUGCUGCCGCUGCUCUUGUCACUCCAAAUCUGCUUGACCUGAGUGAGGAGAUCAACAGCAUCGUCCAGCAAUUUGGCGCCGCUCAGGAAGAUCAGAGCCGUAUGGCUAACAACCUCGAGAGAGCUAUGAGUUUCGAGGACUACACAUUGGAGAUUCCAGGUAUUCCCGAGCCCAGCCACAGUCGUGUACAUGAUGCUCCACGGCUACGUGAGAUCCGGAAGCGUAUCGAUAACAACUCCUGCACUGCGAUUGAGAUCGAAAGCAUUGCUAUGGAUAUGCUCCCUGAGAUCGCAGAGCUCUCAUCCGACUACCUGGGCAACACAGUAGUGCAGAAGCUUUUCGAGCACUGUUCAGAGGAGACCAAGGAGGCUAUGCUGCAGGAGAUCGCUCCGCAUAUAGCUGAGAUCGGUGUUCACAAGAAUGGUACUUGGGCCGCGCAGAAGAUCAUCGACGUUGCGAGGACGCCGGCUCAGAUGCACAUGGUCGUUGAGGCUCUCAAGCCUCACGGCGUCAACCUCUUCCUUGAUCAAUACGGCAACUACGUGAUGCAAUGCUGCUUGCGCUUCCAGUCACCACUGAACGACUUCAUCUUCGACACGAUGAUUGCCAAAUUGUGGGACGUUGCUCAGGGCCGAUUCGGUGCUCGUGCCAUGCGCGCCUGCUUGGAGAGUCACUUCGCGACCAACGACCAAAAGAGAUUGAUGGCCGCUGCCAUUGCGCUGCACAGUGUUCAGCUUGCGACUAACUCUAAUGGUGCGCUACUCCUGACUUGGUUCUUGGACACCUGCACCUUUCCUAAACGCCGAUCCGUACUUGCGCCCCGAAUAAUCCCUCACCUGGUCCACCUGUGCACUCACAAGGUUGCAUACCUGACGGUACUAAAGAUUAUUAAUCAGCGCAACGAGCCUGAUGCGCGCGAUAGCAUUUUGCAGGCUCUUUUCUUCGAAGAGCAGACACUCACGGACAUAAUCAGCGACCACACCUGCGGGGCCACUUUGAUCUUCAAGGUUCUCACCACUCCCUUCCUUGACGAAAAUAUUCGACCUGAGUGUCUGGAAAAUGUUCGUAAUGUACUUCUCCGACUCAAAGCUCAGCCAUCGCAGGGCUAUAAGCGAUUAAUGGAUGAGGUCGGCCUCUCUACCCGCCAUGGCGGCACACCAGUCAGCCAUGACGGCCGCUCGGGUUCAAAGGGCCGACAAAUCAACGGACACCUACCGCACUUGGAUACGGGCUCAAAUGGCUAUGGACGUCCUGCAUAUGGCGGCGUUCCUCAGCCACAGGUACAGAUUGAGCAAGGUAUCAGCCCAAACCUGCAACGCACCGUCAGCAUGGACUCAAAUGCAUUUGACCCGUAUGUCCAGCAGUACACACACAGUCCGGCCAUGUCGAGCGCUGGCAUCAGUCCGAUCAAUCCUGUUCAAUAUCAGCAAGCUCUUCUUGCACAGCAGGGACAAAUGCAGAGACCUCCCGGCUUCUACGGCAGCCCCGGAGGUGUCACGCCCGUUGGAGGCAUGGCGAAUGGCAUGCCUUACGGCUCAGGCUCGCCAGCCCCUCAAAUGAUGGACCCGUACAGGCAGAGCAUGAAUGGGUCCAUCCCACCGGGCGUGGGCAUGCAGUCCGGCUUUCAACAACAAGGCUUCAGUGCACCAAUGAUGGGCAUGGCUGGCGGCAUGAACGGCUACGGACAAUAUCGAAUGCCACAGUACUUCCCACAAGGACAGAUGCAUGGACAAAUGCAAGGACAAAUGAGUGGGAACAGACGAGGCAGAGUAAGCCCAUCCUGA